AUGGAUUUUGUGAAAUCGGCAAUCUCUUCCAACUUAAGGCUUGAUGGAAGAAAAUUUGAACAACUUUACUCAUUAAAUAUUAUACCUAAUAUUUCUUCAAUCGCACAUGGCAGUUCUCAGGUCACAUUUGGUGACAACAUAGUUCAAACAACUGUUAAUUUUUCAAUUGUUUCGCCUGAAGAUUCUACUCCUGACGAAGGCAUAAUUGAUUUAACAAUCACUGGAACUAACAUCUUUGAGAACUCUGAGUUAUCGCAGCGGAACUACGAGAUUCUAUGUAACAUAUUGUACGAUUUAGAAUUUCAACACGCUUUUCUUGACCUUAAAUCUCUGUGCAUUUUACCAGGCCAGCUCUGUUGGAAUAUAAGAAUACACUCAACUGUUGUUAAAAGAGGCGGGUGUGUAAUUGACGCUCUCAGCAUUGGAGUUUUAUCUUCUCUCAUGUGUUCUGAUGUUCCAGAUGUCGAGGUUAUGUUCAGAGAUGAACUCGAGUCAUAUCAACGGUCAAACCUACAGUUGAAGCUCUCUCUAGAUAAAAAUAAGAUUAUAUCUCAACUUGUUGAAAGAUUCCCUCUGAUAACUUCAGUUGGAAAGGUUUCCAAGAACUACCUUUGGGGUAUGACCAGAGAAGAGGAGUUAUGCUCUGACGGAACAAUGUCAGUUGCAGUGGAUAAAACUGGAAAAUGCUUAUCGGUCAAGGCCAACGGGUCAUGUUUUGAGCUAAACUGUAUACAAAACCUAAUAAACACCUCGACUGAAAUUACUCUCGACAACUUUAACAAACUAAAUCAAUUUAUAUCAUCGUGA